GCAAUGCAAGCGCAGAAACUGAGAGAACACAUAGUGAGGACUGUCUAUUCAAAAGGGAUAUUAUAAGGACUUGCUGUCUUAUAUAGGAUAUUUCGGAAGAGGACACUAAAAUACUACCUUCCAUCGAAGAUGAAGUCUCCAAAGAUAAAGUCACAGAGCAAAUCAUUUCUUGAGGAUGAUGUCGACCUCAAUGCAGUGUUGUGUGAGUUCGACGCUGUCAUUGAGGAUUUUUCGUCCCCCGUGGAGAAGAGACACUUCAGAUAUGAUGAGCACUUGAAAACAAUGAAGAGACGGAGCAGCGCGAGCGUCAGCGACAGCGGAAUCAGCGACUCUGAGAGUGCAGAGUCCUUGAACAGAAACAGUUUCAGCUUUAGUGAUGAGAAACUCAACUCUCCCUCUGUCUUCUCCCCUGCAUCAAACAGUCCCUUGGUCUCUCCUAAACCUAAACUUGGAGACACAAAAGAGCUAGAGGACUUCAUUGCAGACCUUGACAGAACAUUAGCAAACAUGUGAGUUUGUAGACGAGAAGACUGGGGCCCACCACAUUGUAGCUCUGCCAUGAGAAGAUGGCCAGACUGCACCUGACAGACCUGAACUACUGUGAAGAUGGAGAAGACAUGGUCAUGGUUUAACAUAUUAAACGACUAUGGAGUCAUUUACAAACACCUAUUGGACACUUGCUCUCAUAAAUACACAGAAAGAACAUACACCAAUCAGCCACAACAUUAAAACCACCUGCCUAAUUUUGUAAGAUUAUUUAAAUAGCUUUUUAUAGAAAUAUAUUUGUAAAUUUAUAGAGUUGGUAAUGUAAAUUUAUCUGUAAUACCAUUUUUGUGAAUAUAUAUUUUGUAUUACAUGUAAAUAUUGUGUCAAACUCUGUCGCCUUGCUACAAGAAGCCUUUUCUGUAUUAUGAGAUAUUGCAUUAUUAACUGAGUUUGAAAUCAUGAGCAUAACAUGAGCUUAAACUUAGUUCUUAUUUCAUUGGAAAAACUGGAAAAGUGAUAUAUUGUAUUUAAUACAACUAAUGUCCUGAAGAGAUUAAAGAUGUAAAUAGAUUUUUAUCAUA